AGUAUAUGUGGCGUUUGUCAACUUGCACGACCUGCGCCGCCCCAGGUAUUUCCAGUCACAUUGAAAGACUCUCAGAGCUUUAUAUCCAGAGAUGAUGCGUCUAUCAAAGGUCUCAUAGACCCAGGCUUUACGUACAUUAUAGCUGCCCUACUCGAUGAGCAAGAUCUCGAGCUCGAAAUUGUUUGCUCCAUAGAGGCAAGCAGACCAUCCAAAACAAGAUCUGCAUUAGCCUGUUCAGCGUCAUGCUGUCUGAGCGUGACAAUUUUUGGACCUCUCAAUAUUUUAGAGGAGAUAGGAAGCUUUUUUGAAGAACAUGAGCUCUAUCUCCAAGACCCGCCGAGCUGCUCACGGAACGUUUUAUAUCGGAAUCCGCACAAGCUGUCUGAUGAGUCUGGCUCUGUUGUUUGGACCUCAGGUUUAGCUAGGGAGCAUGCGAAAGCUGCCUUCAUCGACAGCACACAGCCCCGACCCGAGUUAAUUGACGUACUAAACACUCAGGAGGAUCUAGUUGAAGCAAAUCAGCCGGGCUCUAUUCGGUCGGUAAUGAAAAGGUAUUUCGUCAACAGGGUAUCGUCUGCAAUUCAGGCAGAGUCUCCGCAGCAAUUUUAUGGUGGGAUUAUCGCAGACUCCAUGGGCUUGGGCAAAACGUUAUCCAUGAUCUCUCUGAUAGCCUCCGAUCUCUUGGUGAACAAGAAUGAUCCAAAUUCUAUCAUCGGGGCCAACUCUGAAGCAUCAUCUGGCCGGACGCUGAUUGUCGUGCCGCCACCUCUACUUGACUCUUGGGAGGAACAAUUGAAACAACAUGUCUUCUCCAACAGCAUCCCCUGGCGCAGACACCAUGGAAAAUCUCGUAUAGCAGACGAGACAGAUCUUGCAGCAUGCUUGGUUGUUUUGACAACUUACCAUACCGUGUCUUCAGAUUGGAGAAGCAACUCAGAUCAACAGCACUCCUUUCUGUUCAAUACACGAUGGCGACGUAUCGUCCUAGACGAAGCUCAUUUCAUCCGAAACAGCAAUUCCCGCAUGGCUCGUGCCAUCUGCUCGUUAGAGUCAGUCUCGCGAUGGGCUGUGACUGGCACCCCGAUUCAGAACCGACUUGGCGACCUCACAGCCCUCCUCAAGUUUCUUCAGGUGUAUCCAUAUUCAGAUGAACACAUCUUCAAUGCUGACAUUUCUCAUCUAUGGAAAGUGGGAAGAGUCGAGGAGGCUGUGAAGCGCUUGAAACGGCUCGCUGGCUGUAUCCUCUUACGUCGUCCGAAGACUGUCAUUCAACUGCCCCCAAGGCAUGACUUCAAGCGAUUUGUAGACUUGGCCCCGGCGGAAAGAGAGUUGUAUCAGGACUUCAGAAUGGGUACCAAAUUUCACAUUGAACAAGCCCUCUCUAUGAACGACAAAUCUACCAAAGCAUACUCGUAUGCGAACAUGUUACAGAGGAUCGAGGCGAUGCGCAUGAUCUGCAAUCUCGGCGUGCAUUAUAAGCGGCGAUAUGAUCUACCGGCUUACAACGAACAGACGCCUCAGAGUUGGAGAGAGGCAGCACAGCAAACAUUCAACAUACGCCGCGGACUCAACAGCAUUCAUUGUCGCCUAUGCUUUUGCGUGGUUGAUUCGACAGAGAGCGUCAUAUACGACGCAGGGUCGCCUCCAAUGUCUCUUUUCUCACAGUGCUUGGAGUUUGUGUGCUCAACAUGUCUGUCUACACAUUCAGGCUCCCAGGUGCUGAGAUCUUGCUCCCAUGCGACACUGUGUCCCACCGCGUCCAUAUCGACCGAUAUGUUCGACACCGAUGAUGCACCGUGGUUAAGCAUGGGCCAGCUGAGUGCCGGAUUACCGACGAAGGUAUCUAUGCUGAUUCGGGACCUUCAAAGCCAACCUCAUGAUGUGAAAUGUGUUGUCUUCUCUUCAUGGCGAACUACCUUGGAGAUUAUUGAGCUUGGCCUGAAACAGGCAGGCAUACCUUGCCUACGAUACGACGGCAAGGUGGCACAAAAGGACAGACAUGAGGUUGUCGAACGGUUUCGCAAGGAUCCAACAAUUAGAGUGCUGCUACUGACAAUCUCAUGUGGCGCUGUUGGUCUCACGCUGACAGAGGCCUCGAGAGCCUACCUCAUGGAACCUCACUGGAACCCAACCCUUGAAGACCAGGCGCUAGCACGAAUUCAUCGCAUUGGACAAACGAAAGAAGUCACUACGAUUCGAUUCAUCGUCAAGGACUCAUUUGAAGAGGUUUGUGUUUCGAUGAACCACAGCCGACUUUCCGACUAA